CUCAAUUCUACAAGAUUCACCAUAUAAUAUCAACAAUACCAACGAUAUCAAUGGCAUAAACAUUUGUCUGCAACAGCCGUGAAACUUACCAACGUUAGCAUAGCAGGAGUCCGUUCAUCAUGUCAAUCAAUAAUUGCCUUUUGUUAUAAUCAUAGGUGUGAAUAGAAAUGCGACCGGUCAUCUUACUUGGCCGGUUUUGCGUUCGCCGAUGUUUCUUUCAUGCUCCGAAGACUUCUCCGAAUCUUAGACAAUUGCACUCGACAUUUCGAUUCCGGCUUCUCGGUAAUACACCAUGGCGCAAUUCCCAGUCCGGGGGUAGGAUAAUUAGAGCUACAACUCACGUAGCUCUUGGAACGGCGGCCUUCGUCCAGUUGUCCGAAAAAGAUGACAGGGAUACGGAACAGACGGCCGAGGGUCGUAUGCUCGAGGCAUCACGGGCGGAGUUGAAGAAGACCGUCGAUAAUGAUGCAGGUCCCCUCAGCCGUUUCGGCCACAGAAUAAUCAUCUUCCUUAGUCUCUAUAUAUGGGAGCCUCUUUGCACUGGAGUAAGAUUUGUUGAAUUAGUCUUCAUAUUCAUACCAGUCAUAUUGGCUGUCCCAUCCAUAUGGAUUGGGAGUCGCCAGCCUGGUCGCAACAACGAGAGGUCGGGUACAUUAUGGUGGUAUCACUUCCUAGUGAAGGCCAUGGAGGCGGCUGGCCCGGCUUUUAUCAAGCUUGGUCAAUGGGCAGCUUCGAGGACUGAUAUUUUCCCGACCGCGAUGUGCGAUAUAAUGUCCAAGCUUCAUUCCAAUGCACCCGCUCAUUCCUUGGAUGCAACAAUGAGAAUAGUCGAGAAGGCGUUUGACGGGAGAAGAUUCGAAGACAUUUUCGAAGAAUUUCAUGAAACUCCUCUGGGCGUUGGUGCUAUUGCACAGGUGUAUAAAGCCAAAUUGAAGCCAGAUCUUGCAGCGCCAGGCGAUGUUGAUGUUCUAGAGACUCGCACCAACAUUCGACGGAAUGUUCGCCGAAAGGUGGAUACGGUUCUGAAGAGUGUCCCAAAGCGGGUUCCAUCCUCUUACGUCGCCGUCAAGGUCUUGCACCCAAAGGUCGAGCGUACGGUACGGCGUGAUCUUCGAAUUAUGCACUUCUUCGCCUCAGUCCUCAAUAUCAUACCCACCAUUGAAUGGUUGUCUUUGCCGGAUGAGGUCGCACAAUUUGGAGAGAUGAUGAAGCUGCAGCUUGACCUGCGUAUUGAAGCUGCCAAUUUAGCCAAGUUUCGAAGAAACUUCAAAGAUCGCACUACAGCGUGGUUUCCAUUCCCAUACCUCGAGUUUACAACUCGAGAAGUGCUGAUUGAAGAGUUCGCACAGGGCAUACCCCUGGCUGACUUCUUAGAAAAUGGGGGUGGUGUCUUCCAAAGAGAUAUUGCCCAGGAAGGCCUCGACGCUUUCUUGCGUAUGUUAUUAAUUGACAACUUUGUUCAUGCCGACCUACAUCCCGGAAAUAUAAUGGUUCGCUUUUAUCAAGCGUAUCAACCAAACCUAAGUCUGCGUCACCCAUCUAAUGGCAAUGGUCAUAAACUUCAUCCCGAAGAUCAACCCGAUGUUACCGAGCAGGUACUUGCACGACUACGUCCAUUCCGCAAGCGAAGAGAUUCUGCAGCUUGGGAGGCAGAACUGAAAAAGAUCGACCAAGAAGGUUUUAGGCCACAGCUCAUCUUCAUCGACACCGGGCUUGUGACAGAACUCAACGCGGUAAACCGCCGCAACUUCUUAGACCUCUUCCGGGCCAUCGCCGAAUUCGACGGAUAUAAAGCCGGCCAUCUCAUGUGCGAACGCUGCCGACAGCCUGAUGCGGUUAUUGAUGAGGAAGUAUUUGCAUUAAAAAUGCAACACCUCGUCUUAAAUGUGAAAAGCUCUACUCUCGCUCUAGGCAAUGUCAAAAUCGGCGACAUUCUACAGCAAGUUCUUGAUAUGGUUCGUCAGCAUCACGUGAGAUUAGAAGGCGACUUCGUCAACGUUGUGAUCAGCAUAUUGCUUCUGGAGGGGAUCGGUCGCAGCCUUGAUCCCAACGUGGACCUACUAAGCAGUUCAUUACCAAUUCUUAGACAACUAGGUGCGCAAGGCGGAGCUCAGAUGAUGAAGGGGGGUGAUUUCUCCAUGUUAUUCGUUUGGGCAGGACUAGAAGCCAGGCGGUUCAUGCAAGCCAGUAUAGAAGACGUGGAGAGAUGUGUAAAAUACGAUCUAUUAUCACCGAACAUUUAAUUCGAGGAUACGAGCACGGAUAGACAUAGAAUAAUUGCAUACACAGGCGUUGAUAGAUGGAAAUAAAUUCGGGAGCAAUACCACUCUUCAGGAGAAUCGUUUUUAAUC